AUGAGCGUCCCCGUCUUCCACCAUGUUCCGAAGCCCAUCUCCUUCAUCGAGUUCAGCGAGGCCGUCCGCGCAACAUGUCCGCCGCGCUUCCCCCACGCCCUGCACACGGUGCCUCGUCGCGUGGCCCUCGCCGUGAGCGGCGGUGCCGACUCGAUGGCCCUCGCCUUCCUCUUCAGCCGCCUGCGCACUCUCGACCAGGGCAUGAAGGUCGCCGACAACAGCAUCGUCGCCAAACCCACCGCCUUUGUCGUCGACCACCGCCUGCGCCCCACGAGCACCAAGGAAGCCUACCAGACCAUCAACGUCAUCCAGUCCCUCAGCAAGUUCAUGAAGGCUGAGCUUCUCACCAUCCACUGGGCCCGCGAGCUGGGGCUGACCCACACGGCAGCUCACCCUUUCGACCCCAACGCCCUGCCCAACGUCGAGACGCUCGCACGCCGCCUGCGCUACCGCCGCCUCGGCAUGGCCUGUGCCAGGUUCGACAUUGCCAGCCUCUUCACGGCCCACCACGAAGACGACCAGUACGAGACGGUCCUCAUGCGCCUGCUCAACGGCCACCGCGCGCGGGGCCUUCGUGGCAUGGCUCCCGCCGCCAACAUUCCCGAGUGCUUCGACAUACACGGCGCCUACGAGAGCGGCUUUGUCGACGACCAGCUGCGGCCCCAGCCCUUCAUCCGUUUCCAUCCUCGGAAGCAGGACUGGCGCCUCAUCCGCCGCGACAUGCGCCGCGACCUGGACAAGGCCGCCUACGCGGCUGAGCUGCGCCGCGGCCUGCAGACGGAGCUCGACAUUGCCUACAUCCACCAGCAGUACGCCGACGGCGCCGACAGCAAGCCGUCGUCGAGGCGACACGCGCCGCCGCCGCCGCUGCCGCCCAUCCAGACUGAGGACGCUGGCGUCGUCGUCUACCGACCCCUGCUCGCCUUCCCCAAGGACCGUCUCAUCGCCACGUGCGAGGCCAACAAUGUGCCGUGGAUCGAGGAUGCCACCAACAAGGACCCCACCAUGACCAUGCGCAACGCCGUCCGCUACAUGUGGAAGGGCCACGACCUCCCCGCGGCGCUGAGCAAGCCCGCCAUCCUGGCCAUGUCCCGUCGCUGUGCUGCGCGUGCCGAGGCCGACGAGGCCGAGGCCGAUCGCUGGGCCACGCGCAUGGUCAUCCGCAAUUUCCAGCCCAACGUGGGCACCCUGACCGUCCGCUUCCCCGACCUCGCCGUCCCGCCUGCGCGGCGCCCGUCCCGCUACGCCUGUCGUCGCCACGCACUGCGCCUGUCCCGCCGCCGCACCAUGGCCGCCCUGCUCAUCCGCCGCGCCGUGGCCUUCGCCACGCCAGAGCCCAACCCGCCGGCCAUCGCCAGCCUGCAGACCUACCUGCCGCGCCUCUUCCCGUCCGUCGCGACGCCCUCGGAGGCAGCGCGCCUCGAUGCCGUCCCCAAAGCCUUCAACCAGGCCUCGGUCCUCUUCAUCCCCGUACCCCCCUCCUCCUCACCGACCUCGGCCCAGGAGUGGCUUCUGACCCGCGAGCCCCACCCCUCGCGGGCCCCCCUCCCCUUCGUCGCCUUCAUCAAGAACGACUUUAGCGACGCGCCCUUUGUCUUUCUCGACAAGCCCGAGACGUCGCCGCCGCCCGACGCGAGCCCCUGGACCGACUGGCGCCGCUGGACCCUCUGGGACGGCCGCUACUGGGUCCGCCUGCGGAUGCGCUUCAAGGGCGUCGUCCGCAUCGGGCCCCUGACCCCGGCCCACGCCGCCGACUUUCGCACGAGCCUGCCGCCCGCCGACCGCGCUCGGCUCACCGACCUGCUGCGCCGCCACGCCCCGGGCAAAGUGCGGUACACCCUGCCGGCCCUGUACGCCGUCGACAGCCCGCCGCCGAAACCCUUGUCCGCCGCCGCUGCUGCCGCUGCUGCCGCUGAAACGGGCGCCGAUGCCGCGACGACCAAAGAGGCCGAAACGCCAGCGCCGCCCCGGCAACCGGAUGUUGGUUGGUGGCGCGGCCAGCAGCGUCGCGUCAAGAUGCUCGGCCUGCUGACGGUGCCGGUGCACCUGCCCGGCCUCGACAGGUGGCUGCAGUGGGAGGCGCGGUACAAAAAGGUCGACACGGGCCUGCUCGGCCGGCACGCGUCCGCUUCUUCGGCAGCGAGGACGGGCCGCGGCGAGCGGAGGCGACGCUGGGUGCGGCGGUCGGAGCGAGGCGCUGUCGUGGAACGGAGAAGAGAGCGAGGCGAUAGGAGAUAG